GAUUUUGUUUGCGAAUUGGAAAAAGAGCAGCAGAGAGGACUUACAUUUCAUCUUGUCAUAUGACUUGGAAGAGUUUUAUGUUUAUGGCUGCUUUCCGGCCUUGAGUUCAUAAACAUGUAAAGGAAAUUGAAGAACUUUCCUGUUAGACAAUUUUUGCAGCAAUUACCAUUAAAUUUAGGCACUUCGUUGGAGUGUUGUUGUUCUGAUGGCGACCGCGAGCAACCACAAUGGCGACCUGGAUGAAGUAUCUUCGGUGGAUGUCGUGAUAGUUGGAGCAGGAAUUUCUGGUCUUUGUGCGGCUUAUAGCAUCCUGAAAACAGAGAAAUACCAUUCUAUUGUAGUUCUGGAAGCUAAAGAUCGUGUCGGCGGGCGCCUGGACUCUAUUAAACUUAAAACUACUCAUGGGGAAGACGCAUGGGAUGUUGGUGGACAAUGGAUUGGAAGGGAGCAAAAAGACAUUGUAGAAUUAUUAGAAGAACUGAAGAUAGAAACCUAUAAGCAAUGGUAUGAUGGCAAGAAAAUCAUACAACUCAGUGAUGGGAAGUUGAAAACAUACUCUGGUAGCUAUCCAUCUCUCUCAUAUUUAUCACUGAUAGACACAUACUAUUUGAACUGCAAAAUAGAAAAUUUGUGCAAUUUAGUUCCACUAGAUGAUCCCAAUAAAUGUAUUUAUGCUGAAGAGUGGGAUGGAAUGACUGUUGAAUCCUGGGUUAAACAGCAAGCUUGGACACAAGGAACAGUUGAAAUGAUAGAAAUUGCCGUAGGAUGUAUAUUUGGAGUGACAACAGCACAGAUGUCUCUAUUGUUCUUCUUACAUUAUCUUCAGACUUGUGGUGGCUGGGAAAAUCUGGUUGAAUCCGGGAAAGAGGGUGGAGCACAAGAAUUCAGAGUCAAAGGAACUGCACACAAUGUAACUAAAGUUUUGGCAGAGAGAAUUGGGUGGAAUAAGAUCCUUCUCAGGCAACCUGUAGUCUCAAUAAGACAGACUUCUGAAAGUAUUGUUGUUUGUACAAAAAAKGGUUUGAGAUUUGUUGCAAAGUUUGCCAUUAUUGCAAUCCCCCCACGAUUAACAGGCAAGAUUGAUUUUAUGCCGAGAUUGCCAUAUGACAAGCAGCACACCAUUGAAAAUAUGAUUCCUUCGCAUCUGACCAAGUUUAUUGUAAGCUAUCCUUCUGCAUUUUGGAGGAAGAAUGGGAUGUCUGGUGAGAUAGCUCAUAUAACAGGAAGAUAUCACUGCGAGUCAGACCCAAUAGCAUUAACAUUUGAUGGAACAACAAGUAAUGGAAGCCCAGCUAUUAUUGGGUUUAUUACUUCAUAUGCAGCUUCCAAGUGGAGCAAUAAAUCAGAAGAGAAGAAGAAGGAUGCUAUUAUCAAGUCUCUUGCAAGAUACUUGGGUUCUGAUGCUGAAAAUCCAUUGGACUGUGCUGUUAAGGAUUGGUCAGAGGAAGAAUGGAAUGGUGGAUGUCCAGUAGAUGUCAUGGUUCCUGGUGCUUUUACCAACUACGGCAAUUGCCUAAAAGAACCAUUUCAAAGGAUACAUUGGGCAGGAACUGAGACAUCUGAUGUCCAUCGUGGUUAUAUCAGUGGAGGUGUGCAUGCUGGUUACAGAGCUGCCAGGGAGGUCAUUACAAGACUUCAGACAAAUAAGUAAUGCCUUUUGCAGGCAACUCCUUCCACAAUGGCUUUAGGCCAUGUAAAGAUGUCUGUUAUCUCCUCAUUGCCUCAGUUCCCCUGAAGAAAAAAGUGAAAUAGAUGAUAUAAAAUAAUUCAGUAAAUUUCUAGACUUAAUUAUUAUAUGAAUUAUGAUGAGUUUAAAGUACAGUCAUAUUGAAUAAGCGUUCUCAAAUAAUAUUUUUUGAUGGUUUCCAUUUACUUCAAACCUAUGUACAUGUAUUAUAACCUCCUUUUAGCAUUUUUCUUUCCUUUCUAAAAAAAAAUAACAGGCUUCCUGUUUUAGAUCGGUAAGAGAGCAGGAUGCCUCCAGAGGAUGCAGAGGAGGCUACAUAUGAUAUAUUGUUAAUUAUAAUAACAAUGGGGGCAAAAUGAAAUGAAAGUUUAUUUACGCUCACUUGCUGUGGCUAUAUGAUUUUACUGAUAUAUAUUACCUCAUCACUGGUGGUGUGAGUAGCGUUUGGAAUACAUACAUCAGUCUGAUCUGUACAGACCUUACGCAGUCGUGGCUCCUCGUGAAUUUUAAAUGAAUAAAUAGGCUUAAUAUUAUAAUAUUAUAUAUUAUAAAUAAUAUUUUAUGCAAAAUGCAAAUUGUUAGCAUAAAACAAAGUAUAAUGAUGUAGAAGAUAUAUGCACAAUCUUGUAGCCCUAGUCUUCAUUUUUCUUGGCCAGCGCUGUCGACAAACAUUACGUUUACAUGUUUGACGUUGGUCAAGAAGUCUCAGGGUACGAGAUUGAUAUAUAUGUUGUGACAUGAAUUUAUAAUAAGUUGCAAUUUCAAAGUGUUACCACUCGACAGUGAAGUCAUUAAACCUGUGAAACAUAACCUUGCUAUCAAAGUGUGAUAGUCUCAACUAAAGUGUAUUUAGUGCAAUAUCUAUUUAACAGGUUUUUUUACUUCACUUCAAUUUAAAGCAUGCAACUGUACAAAAUCUAUAGAGUAAUAUUAAUUUGCACUAAAAGUGGACCUGAAGCAAGACGGUAUUAAAUGCUUAAUUUGUAUCAAUUCAAUUUUUGUACCGCAUGUACAAUUUACUAAAUACAACUAAAUAGAACUAUUCAGUUUGUACAGUUGCACGAUUUAAGUGCGAUCACUCUAUUACCUAUACUAACAUCAGCUAUUCUAUAAGAAUUGAAACCAAUACCGAUAGUACCCCAGAUGUACAAUCAAUUCUUUAAUAUAAUCAAUGUUUGCCAGUUUUAUACCAUACAGGAAUAAGAUUAAUUUUAUUCAAACAAAAAAAAAGUCUACAAAACACUUGCAAGUACUACUAGAAUGUCUCUUCUACGUUUACUUAAAAAAGUGUUUUUAAACUGCAUAAUAUUUAUCUUAAAUGUUUCCAAUGAGGUACAACCAAGCUAUAAACUAUCUAUUGUACAUUCUUUAACUGAAUCAUGCGCACAAAAUGAAGUUUUAUGAUAAAUAUUGUAUCUGGAGCUUUGGUCAAAAGAAAAAUGCAAAAGAAAUAUUAAGUAAACAUUUAUUUUUUUAAUUGAACACAAACAUUUGUAAUUUUUUAAUUGGGAAGUAUGUUGGGUAAUAGUUGAGUUUUCCCCAUCAACAAUAAAUACAAUGUUUUUCUCAGUAAGAAAGCUUGGUCUACUAGGAAGGUUGCACGGUUACGUGCACCAUCUUGAAAGGUACAUCGAAGCGUGACAACCAAGAUGGCGCAGGGAACCGUGAAGAAGACUAUUGUAUUUUGAUUGUAUCAUCUCCUAUUUUGUUAAUAAAAUAAGAUUGCUUAUCCUUA